AUGCCGCAACGAGCCAACAAUCAUUCAAGUCUUCAGAGAACAUAUGAGGAGGACAGAAGAGCAUUGACAGGUCUGGUGAAACAACUGGAGAAGAUCAAAGUCAGACCUAGGAAGAGCCGUAAAAGCAAAAAGUGUCGACACGGAACUCGAUUUGCAAAUACCAGUGCGAGUACUCGAUUGGGUCACAGACAGAUCAUUGCUGCACCUUCGUACGCUGCGACUUCUCAGGUGUAUCAUGAUCCCUUUCGUAUCGAGGAAGCUCAAGAAGAGGCAGGACCAUUCCUUGGAGUUGUCAGGAUCCUGAUACACGAGUUAUGUAAGACACUCGGAAUAAUUAGUGAGUUCACUUAA